UGACAGUCACGUGACCGGAGCGUGAAACAUGCCUGGACCAUGACCUCUGGACUCCGUGUGCAGCGACUCGUGCAGACCACAAGCAGUUUCUGUGAGACGUCCAGAGAUGAAGAGGAGACUCCUGCUGGUGUCCAACUCCACCCUGCACGGCAGCGGCUACCUGGACCACUGUCAGCAGCACAUCUCCACCUUCUUCGGAGCGGAUGUGAAGCGCGUGCUCUUUGUGCCUUAUGCGCUCCAUGACCAAGACGCCUACACGAAGACGGCCAGGGACAAGUUCAGGACUCUGGGUUAUGAGGUGGACAGCAUCCAUGAGGCUGCAGACCCAGUCGACGCAGUCCAAAAGGCUGAAGGCAUUUUUAUAGGAGGAGGCAACACUUUCCGGCUCCUCAAGAGUCUUUAUGACAACAAGGUGGUUACAGAGAUCAGGAAGAGGGUGAUGGAGGAUGGUAUUCCCUACAUGGGCUCAAGUGCUGGCACCAACGUGGCCACCAUCAGCAUUAACACCACCAACGACAUGCCCAUCGUCUACCCCCCAAGCUUCUCUGCCAUCGGCCUCGUCCCAUUCAACAUCAACCCCCACUACCUGGACCCUGACACCAACAGCCGCCACAUGGGGGAGACCAGAGAGCAGAGAAUCACCCAGUACCACGAAGAACCCGACACUCCCAACGUUUUGGGUCUGAGGGAGGGCUCCAUGCUGCUGGUGGAGGGGAACAACGCCACGCUCCUGGGAACCACCAGGGCCCGGCUGUUCUUCAGGGGGAAGUCCUGCGUGGAGUACGAUCCAGGAAGUGACCUCAGCUUCCUGCUGACGGACGCACACUGAGCCACCGAGCAGGGAGCGACGUCACCAUGGAGACCACACGCUUCAUGACGCUGCCUCCAAACUGAAUAAAAGUUUUGAACAUCAA